AUGACAUUGCAACAGAGAACUUCCUUCCCAAGUUGUUCCAUAUUCCCAGUGUCACCAGUGUCACCAAGGUCAUCGAGGAAUUAUGAGAUUUGUGGCAAGGCCGACAAAAGGCAUGUUCACUUGCGCAUUGUGGCAGAUCACCAAUAUCUAGAAUUGUGUGGUGUUCGAGCAUUGCUAGUAUACCUGUACUUGAUUGGUUGGAAAGGUGGCUCCAUAUUUCCCAAGGAGAAGGAGCUACACAAACCACCUCGAGAUGGCAUUUACACAACGACAAUUGAUUAUGAGAAAUUUAACAAGGAUUUACAGAAACUAUGCAAGAAGGUGCUGAUUGCUCGGGAUGAUCUAAAGAUUGGAUGCCAGACCUUUCAAAAAACUGGUUAUGCCAUGGCUAUCUUUGGGAAUGCCAACAGAGAGGACUUGACGAUGUCAGCCAGACACUCUCAGAAAUCCAAGGAUGCUCCUACCUACUCCAAGGUACGAGAGGCAUUUGAGAGCACCAAAUCCCCUCAACAGUGUAAGAGAUUGGUCCAACAACUGGCACUGCAGAAGUUAGAGCUCAUCUAG